AUGGACUUACCUUCGAUUGACGAUUCAGCUCCAGGAGUCCCUCGCAGUGUGGACUUACCUUCGAAUGAUGAUCCUGCUCCAGAAGUCCCUCGCAAUAUGGACUUACCUUCGAUUGACGAUCCAGCUCCAGGAGUCUCUCGCAGUGUGGACUUACCUUCGAAUGAUGAUCCUGCUCCAGAAGUCCCUCGCAAUAUGGACUUACCUUCGAUUGACGAUCCAGCUCCAGGAGUCUCUCGCAGUGUGGACUUACCUUCGAAUGAUGAUCCUGCUCCAGAAGUCCCUCGCAAUAUGGACUUACCUUCGAUUGACGAUCCAGCUCCAGGAGUCUCUCGCAGUGUGGACUUACCUUCGAAUGAUGAUCCUGCUCCAGAAGUCCCUCACAAUAUGGACUUGCCUUCGAUUGACGAUCCAGCUCCAGGAGUCUCUCGCAAUAAGGAGUUACCUCCAAAGGAUAAGGCUGCUCUAGGUGUAAGUACUCGUAAACGAAAAGCCAAAACAAGUAUCCGAUAUGUUGAUUACAUGUCUGAUGAAGAUUUUUCCACUUUAUUCUGUCUUGGUGAAGAGAAUGGCGCAGUUGAUUCUGACGAAUGGGUCAAAUAA